CAACAGACCGGGGGAGCAUGGGGACCCCGGGGCUAGCUUUGGGUAUAUCACUGCUCUAUAUCAUUAUCAGUACAUCAUCAUUCAUACACAGCGCAUUGAAAUAGGCCAGUUCACGUAUACGCGGCUCGUUCAGGCUCGUUCACGAAUAAAAUAUUUGUUGCAGGCAUCUAUUAUUCAUCCGUCCUUUGUCUGGUGUUUAAUUAACCUUGUGUCCAUCGUCCGUAACUCAGGAAACACAACUACCACGACGAUGGGUAUUCCAACCUCAGUGUUAUGUAUGUAUGAUACGUAUAUGGUUACAACUUGAGCGCGACAAAUUAUUUAGGUAGUGUGGUCUUCAUAGGACCAGCAGAACCUUGCUUAUAAUCAGUACUCGUUUUCUGUCUUUGCGAAGAUAUUAUUUCCACGGAUUUUCCAAAAUGUUGAUUAAACACUUGCUUGCUUUUACGUCUCUUCAUCCUUACAUUCUCCAGGCGAGUUGUUCAAACUCUGAGCCUCUCAUAACCCCCUCGAUUUCUGAGGUUCAACAAAACAAUUUCGACCGAGCAAACAGUACCUCAAUAGACUUGAUCUGCAAGCCACACGAGUCCCCCUUCCUUUCCUGGGCUCAAAAAUCCGUGUACACGUAUAUUGAUCAAGUUCACCCACCACCGACACUGAUCCCAUUCCGGGAUGGGUUCUACAAAUCGUCUUGCUUUGUGGAUCCUAUUGAUACCGAACCCGAGCAAUACUGUAUCUUUGUCAACCCCACCAUCAACCACGGGCAAGGAAUGGUGAUAGUCACGCCGACAGAGCUUUUUGAAACCAGUCUUGGAAAUGGCCUCAAACUCGCAGAUGAUCCGGCGCAUCCUGAUUCGAUCAAAAUCGUUCAGAUGCCUGAGAAAGGAGGUUUAGGAGCAGUUGCUGCUCGCCAAUUCCGGCGGGGCGAUGUGAUUCAACAGAGCCGGCCGGUUGCGCUCUUUGCGAAUGACCGCCCUAUCUGGGCAACUCGCUUUGGCCACAAUAUUCGCAGACAAGCGGUCCGUCAUUUGCCGCUCGAAACCCAGGCUGCCAUCGCAAGCCUUCACGGUCAAGGACAAACUGAGGAUGAGGUUUUCGAGAGCGUGUUCGAGGCCAACAUGCUUUCCACCAAGCUGUAUGGAGACGAGCACAGGCACUUUGGUGCGCUGGUCCUGCAAGGAUCUCGAUUCAACCACGCCUGCCGACCCAACGUGGUUUACUUCAUCGAUCAUGAGACACAGCUCAUGAAUUUGAGGGCUUUUGAGUCGAUUUCAAGUGGCGAGGAGCUUACCAUAAGUUAUCGUCCCUUAGAAAUGGACCGCGAAAGUCGAAGAAAGGAGCUGCAAGAGACCUAUGGUUUUCGAUGCACUUGCCCGCAUUGUCAGAUGAGUGCGGAACUUGGCAAGCUCUCUGAUCAACGACUGGCCCGGAUCAUAGAGCUUCGAAUCAAGUUCUUCUCCGAAGAUCCGAUGUUUACUGCUGAGGAUGCUGAGGAGCUGGUCAAUCUUUGCGAAACGGAGAAAAUCCCACGAUGUAUUGCGCUCUCAAACCUCAUCGCGGCUGAGUUUUACAAUUCGGUUGGGCAAGUCGAGGAGUGGCCUUAUCUUGAUGAUCUGGAACUGCUUCUCAUACAUCCUGAAAAACAUGAUUCCUAUCUUUCAAGAAGAUAA